AUGGGCAGAAGCAAGGGCAAAGCGCCGCAGCCCCGGGCUCGACCCGGGAGGCCAGCCCCAGCGGAGCAGGACUCGGGGUCAGCCAGCGCUGACGGCGCCCCCAGCGGGGAUCGCAGGCUCGCCCGCGGCAAAGCCCACAAGACUAGGCCCGCUAAGGAGCCCGACGCCACCGCAGCUAAGGGGACCUCUGGAGGCCGCAGGAAGUCCGCCGAGGAGGGGAGCCACCGCUGCAGAAGUGCAGGGGCGGGGACAUCACUGGAGACCCGGGAGACGCACGGCAGCACGCAGCGUCCUCGGAGCCACAGGCCCACGGAGAGCCGUGAGCUCGGGGACAGUCACAGGGAGCUUCCCGGGGAAGAAGAGUGGACGCGCAAGCGCGGCCGCCGCAGGAGAGGAAGGGAGCCCGGAGCUAAGGCUCUGCGAGGCCGUGGAGAGACUCCUGGCAGGGAUGGGGACACGUCGGGCGGGGACGGUGGAAGCUCGUGCCUGGACAGUGAACACCGCGAGGCCCUGGAUAGCAGCAGCCAGGGUGGUGGAGCUUCCGAACGGCCAAUCAAGACCGGCUCAGAGGGCGCCCUUAUCGGAAGACCCGAAACAACUGGCUGCAACCAGCAGGACAAUGGAGGACUCGCCUUGGAGCUCCGGAGCAGGGAAGGGCCGUCGGGGACAGGGCCUCAAGGAGCGAGUGAUGGUUCCAGGACAGAUACAGACUCGAGUCCUGGGUGGGCUGGACACGGACGUCGCCCACGGAAGACCGCAGGAACCUCAAGCGGCAUCCCCGAGUCCCAGGAGACAGAGCUGGGCAGAGAAGCUGCAGCCUCCAGCUCCCUGGAGAGUAGCUGUGCAAGCGCCCGCAGGGGCGCCCAGGGUCCUCUGGACUCCAGAGCGAUCGCAGACACCAGUGACAGUGACGUCGGGGCGCAGCCAAAGGCUGAGCUGCAGGGCACGGAGCCUGAGUCAGCGGAGGCCCCCAGGGUCGGAGAGGUGGCAGGGAAGAUGCAGGGGGUUGUGAGCGAGAGCGGCACGGGAGCCAGAGAGGGAGCAGGUGCAGGGCAUCAACGACCCCAGGACCCGGGCCCGCUGGCUGCACUCGUGGUGCUCCGCAAGCUGCGUGCAAGGGCCCCGGCUGGUGCGUCUCCCCAGCUCGCGGGUGGCCUCCGCGUGGGUCUCAAGGCGCGGUUUCAGCGGGUGGCGCAGGCUCUGGGCCUCCUGCGCUGGCUGCGGCUGCGGGUGCAGCAACGUCGGAGCGAUGCGCUCAGGGAGAACCCGCAGGAGCGUGAGGAGCGCGGCCGCGAGAGGGCGCUCGAGGCGCGGGAAGGGGUGCGGAGGCCACCGCGCUGGCGAACCAUUUGCCUGGCCUGUCGGGCGGUGCUCCAGGCACUGCCGCGGUCUCCCCCUGGCGGCAGUACGAGCCCUCGGCAGGCUCUGAAGAGCUCAGGCUCAGAUGGUGCAUCAGCCAUCGAGGAUGCAACUCCAGAUCCUAAGUUCGCGGUGGUCUUUCCCCGGAUCCACAGCGAGGAGAAGGAGUCGUGCAGCAGCAGCUCAGGAGAAAGCCGCGUUUCGACUCAUGCAGGGGCUGCAGAGUACAGGGAGGAGCAAGGGGCUAGAGAAGAAGGCGUGGUCGGGUACCACCAGCCUCCCUCCUUUUCCCCGCCUGUCCCCAGUGGGACCCCACCGGAGGAGAAUCAGAGCGGAGCGGAGCCAGAGACCUUGGAAGUGAAGAGUCGGGUGCACUGGGCACAGGGCUCUACUCCCUGCGCAGACCCUGGACUUGGCGCUGAUACUCUGCUACCCCAACUUACCUUGGAGACUCGCCUGCAGCAGAAUAGCCCCUGCAGGUCCCCAAGGGAGCGGUGGGAGCCAGAGGAUGAUGCUGAGGCAGCGCUGGAAAAGGCCCUGGAACUUAGCCUAGAGAUGCCACCCUUCCCCGGUGCUGAGACCAGGAGUCUCCCAGAGCACCUGGAAGACAUUGAGGACCUCGCCCGGCUGCGGCUGGUGUGUGACAGCUCUGUGUUACUGUGCCUCAUGAAGAGGUUCCACCUGGGCCGCAUCUAUACUUUCGGGGGGCCCCUCCUGCUCGCUCUGAACCCGUACCAGCCACUGCCUCUCUUCUCACCUGAGGUCUUGGCCAGCUACCAUCCCGGGAAGGCCCCAAACACCACACCACACAUCUUUGCCAUCGGGGCAGCAGCCUACAGCCUGUCUCAGAGCUCUGGACAGGACGCCUGUAUCCUCCUGGUGGGGCACAGUGGCUCAGGGAAGACAGAGGCUGCCAAGAAGAUCGUGGAGCUUCUAAGCAGCCUGGGUCAGAAGCAGACAGAGGCCAGAGGGGCUCAGCUAGAGGACAUACUGCCCGUGCUCAGCAGCUUUGGCCACGCCAAGACCAUCCUCAACGCCAAUGGCAGCCGCUUUGGCCAGGAGUUGCGCCUCUGCCUGCAUCAGGGGGUCACCGUAGGAGCCUCUGUGUCCCACUAUCUGCUUGAGACCUCCAGAGUAGUGUUUCAGGUAAGGACCUGCCUCCUACCCACCCUUCCCCAACUCUGAAAGUUGGAAGGAGCCAUAGCUCCUAAACCCUGCCCCACCUUCAAGCCAGUUUCUGUCCCCAAGGCCCAGGCCGAGCGAAGCUUUCAUGUUUUUUAUGAGCUGCUGGCAGGGUUGGACCCUGUGGACCGCGAACAGCUCUCUCUGCAGGGACCUGAGGCCUACUAUUACCUCAACCAGGGCCGAGCCUGCACACUUCGGGGCAAAGAGGAUGCCCAGGACUUCAAGGGGCUGCUGAAGGCCCUGAGGGCGCUAGGCUUGUGUGCAGAGGAGCUGAGUGAAGUCUGGGCUGUGCUGGCCACCAUCCUGCAUCUGGGAAACAUCUGCUUCUCUUCUUCAGAGCGAGGAUCCCAAGAGGUAGCUGCUGUGUCCAGCUGGGCUGAGAUUCACUUGGUAGCCCGGCUCCUACGAGUGCCACCAGAGCGCCUGGAAGGGGCGGUCACCAAGAGGGUCAUGGACACGCCCUAUGGCCGGGUCUCUGCAUCUCUGCCAGUGGGAAGUGCUAUUGAUGCCAGGGACGCCCUGGCCAAGACCCUGUACACAAGGCUCUUCAACUGGCUUCUGAAGCAGAUCAACAUGCUGCUGGCUCCACCGAGGGAGGUGGACGGUGUGGCCACCAUCACUGUUGUGGAUGCCUUCGGCUUUGAGGCACUUCGGGUGAACAGCUUGGAGCAGCUGUGCAGCAACCUGGCCAGCGAGCGUCUGCAGCUCUUCUCCAGCCAGAGGCUGCUGGCCCAGGAGGAGGAGGAAUGCCAGCGAGAGAUGCUGAGCUGGGUGCCCAUUCCCCGGCCUCCGAGGGAGUCCUGCUUGGACCUCCUGGUGGGCCAGCCCCACAGCCUCCUGAGCAUCCUGGACUCCCAGACAUGGCUAUCCCAGGCCACGGACCACACCUUCCUCCAGAAGUGCCACUAUCACCAUGGUGACCACCCAAGCUACACCAAGCCUCAGCUGCCCCUCCCCAUCUUCACAGUGAGGCACUAUGCUGGGCCCGUCACCUACCAGGUGCACAAGUUCAUAAAUAGAAACAGGGACCACCUGGACCCUGCCACGGAGGAGAUGCUUGGGCAGAGCCAGCUGCAGCUUGUGGGCUGCCUGUUCCAGAAAGCAGAAGCACAGGCUGGGAGAGAGCAGGACAAAGCCACACUGGCCUCCCGAUUCCAGCAGUCCCUGGGGGACCUGCUAGCCCGGCUGGGCAGGGGCCACAUCUAUGUCAUCCACUGUCUCAACCCCAGCCCUGGAAAGCUCCCAGGCCUCUUUAAUGUAGGGCAUGUGGCAGAGCAGCUGCGGCAGGCUGACAUCCUGGAGGUCAUAGGCACUCGAAGUGCCCAGUUCCCUGUGCGAGUGUCCUUCCAGCUCUUCCUGGCCAGGUUCCGGACCCUGGGGUCAGGGAGACAGGAAGCUCUCUCUGACCGGGAGAGGUGUGGAGCCAUCCUCAGCCAAGUGCUGGGGACAGAGUCGCCAGCCUAUCAUCUUGGAGCCACCCAGGUCCUACUUCAGGAGCAGGGCUGGCAGCAGCUAGAGCAGCUAUGGGCUCAGCGGCGCUCGCUGGCCCUGGUCACUCUGCACCGUGGCCUCCGAGCCUGCAUCACCCGCCAGCGUCUCCGCCUCCUGCCCCGGAUGCAGGCUCGUGUGCGCGGACUCCAGGCUAGGAAGCGAUACCUACAGAGGAGGUCAGCUCUGGGACAGCUGAACACCAUCCUCCUCGUGGCUCGACCCCUGCUCCAGACGCGGCGGAGGCGGCAGCUUGGGCAUUCCCGUGGCCCGCACAGCGGGGAGGCCUGGGGAGAACUGUCAAUUAUGGACCUGGGGCGUGUGGAGAUCCCAGCCCAGCUGGCGGCUCUGCUGGAGACAGCAGAAGGCCACCAGGCCACCCUGGCUGGGACCAUCACAGAGUCCCUGCCACCUGGGGUUCCUAUCCGGCCCAGCCUGACCCUCCCUCCGGACAUUGACCAGUUUCCUUUCUCCAGCUUCGUGUCCUCCAGCUUUCGGAAGCCAUAUCUGCCUAGACCAGGACAGUUACUGGAUGAGCCGCUGACCCGGAUGGAUGGCGAGAACCCUCAGCAGGCUCUGGAGAUCAACAGGGUGAUGCUGCGGCUCCUGGGGGAGGGGUCCCUGCAGUCCUGGCAGGAACAGACCAUGGGCACAUUCCUGAUUGGGAAGGCACUGCACCGGCCGGGACUUCGGGAUGAGCUCUUCAGCCAGUUAGUGGCCCAGCUGUGGCACAACCCAGAUGAGCAGCAGAGCCAGCGUGGCUGGGCCCUGAUGGUGGCCCUCCUCAGCUCCUUCCUCCCUACGCCUGCCCUGCAGAAGCCAUUGCUCAAGUUUGUGUCUGACCAGGGCCCCCGGGGCAUAGCAGCACUGUGUCAGCACAAGCUGUUGGGUGCCCUGGAGCAGACACCACUGGCUCCCAUGGCCUCAAGGGCCCACCCACCCACACAGCUAGAGUGGAAGGCUGGAUUACGGCGGGGCCGGAUGGUGCUGGAUGUGUUCACGUUCAAUGAGGAAAGCUACUUGGCAGAGGUGGAAUCCUGGACCACGGGAGAGCAGCUUGCCGGGUGGAUCCUACAGAGCAGAGGCUUGGAGGCGCCCCCUCGUGGCUGGUCUGUGUCACUACACUCUGGGGAGGCUUGGCAGGACUUGGCUGGCUGCGACUUUGUGUUGGACCUGAUCGGCCAGACUGAGGACCUGGGAGGCCCAGCUGGUCCCCACUACUACCCCAUCACUCCUUUUGGCUUAGCCGAGGACAUCCCUCCAGCCCCUGGUGUUCAGGCUCCCUCCUUGCCCCCAGGACUCCCUCCAGGCCCAGCCCCAGCACUGCCCGGCAGCAGCCUCCCAGGUGAGGCCAGGAAGCCCGGAAACCUGGAUGGUUUCCUGGACCACCUCUUCGAGCCAGUUCUCUCCUCGGGCUUUAGUGAUCUGGAACAAGGCAGGGCCCUGAGUAGCCGCAUGAAGGGAGGGGGCUCUAUUGGACCCACCCAGCAGGGCUACCCCAUGGUGUAUCCAGGUAUGAUGCAGGCGCCGAGCUACCAGCCAGCGAUGAUGCCCGCACCUGUGCCCAUGAUGCCAGCAGUGGGUACAGUUCCAACCAUCCCGGCCAUGAUGGUCCCGCCACAGCCGCAGCCUCUGCUUCCCAGUUUGGACUCAAGGCAGCUGGCGGAACAGCAGCAGAAUUUCAUCAACCAGCAGGCCAUGAUCCUGGCCCAGCAGAUGACCACCCAGGCCAUGAGCCUGUCUCUGGAGCAGCAGACCCAAAGGCGCCAGCACCAAGCUCAGGCCCCGGGGGCUCCCCCCGUGGCCCCACCCUCAGUCGUGGCCCCCAAGCCCAAGAAGCCUCCUGCCUCCCAAGAGAAGCCAGAGAGUGACCCAGAACCUUUGGAAGCUUACUAUAGAGAGGACACUCCAGAGGAGACUAAAGGCAGGACUCAGCGCCCCAGGAGCUUCCAACAGAAACGGGACUAUUUCCAGAAGAUGGGGCAAGAGCCAAUCAAGGUAAAGACGGUGAAGCCUCCAGCCAAGAUUCAGAUCCCCCAGGAGGAGACAGACGAGGAGGAGGAGGAGGAAACGGCAGAGUUGUCCCCUCCACCUCCUCCCCCAGUUGUGAAGAAGCCACUGAAACAGAGUAGGUCCAACACUGCCAAGGAUGAGGUAGGACCAGCAGAGAAGGAAGAGCCCACCCAGGGCAGGGCACCCACAGUGAAGAGCUCCGCACCUCAGCGCCCAACACCCAGCAAGGCACCCACGGUGUGCAGCUCCAACUCCGAGCCUCAGCGCCCGCCACCCAGCAGGGAGAUCCGUAACAUCAUCCGAAUGUAUCAGAGCCGCCCAGGCCCCGUGCCUGUCCCUGUACAACCCUCCAGGCCCGUCAAAACUUUUCAGAAGAAAAAUGACCCUAAGGAUGAGGCUUUGGCAAAGUUAGGAAUCAAUGGUACCCACUCGCCUCCGUCGGGGAUGUCUCCUAACCUAGGAAAGAGCUCUCCACCAGCUGUGGCUCCUCGACCCAAGGCUCGACCACGGCUUGAGCCCUCCCUAUCCAUCCGGGAAAAGCAGGGACCCCUUCGGGACUUGUUUGGCCCAUGCAGCCCAAUCCCAUCCACAACUACGGGGCCCCCACUCCCACCCCCACCCCCAACCCCACCGUCUCUGCCUGAGGAUCCCAAGACCCUUUCAGUGGAAUCUCAUGCCUCGACAGAGCCCAUGGAGGACCGGGGGAUCUCCACUCAGCUCCUUGUGCCCUCGGGGAGCGUGUGCUUCUCCUAUGCAAGUGCACCCUGGAAGCUGUUCUUGCGAAAGGAGGUGUUCUAUCCCCGGGAGAACUUCAGCCAUCCCUAUUGUCUCAACCUUCUCUGCCAGCAGAUCCUACGGGACACCUUUGCAGAGUCCUGCAUCCGGAUCUCCCAGAGUGAGCGGCAGAAAAUGAAAGACCUGCUGAGAGACUUGGAAGUGGGCCUGGACUCCCUCCACACUACCGAAGACGGCAUCAAGAAGCGUAUCGUGGUGGCUGCCCGAGACAACUGGGCCAACUACUUCUCACGCAUCUUCCCAGUCUCGGGCGAGAGUGGCAGUGAUGUACAGCUGCUGGGCGUGUCUCACCGGGGACUGAGACUGCUGAAGGUGACCCGAGACCCUGCCGCCUUCCACCUGGACCGGCUGAAGACACUGUGCUCCUACAGCUUUGCCGACGUGCUGGCUGUGGAGUGCUGCCGUGCAUCCACCCUGGAGCUGUCGCUGAAGAACGAACAGCUGAUGUUGCACACAGCCCAGGCGAGGACCAUCAAGGCCAUGGUGGAGCAGUUCCUGAGUGACCUCAAGAAGGACUCUGGCUACGUCAUCGCCCUGCGAAGCUACAUCACUGAUGACCACAGCCUCCUCAGCUUCCACCGCGGGGACCUCAUUAAGCUACUGCCAGUGGGCACUCUGGAGCCAGGCUGGCAGUUUGGCUCCGCUGGGGGUCACUCGGGACUGUUUCCUGCCGACAUGGUGCAGCCAGCCGCUGCUCCGGACUUCUCCUUCUCUCUGGGACAGAGAGACAGCUGGCAACGCAAGAGUAAGCGGAGGCCAGCUCAAGAGCGCGCCGCCCAUCCCAGGAGCCAAGAACCCAGCGAAGACUCAGAGGCCACCUCCUUCGCAGCCUGCAGCCUUUUCUCUGCUGACUCCUACACCAUGCAGGAAUUUGCCCUGCGCUACUUCCGGAAGCCUCAGACCUUGCUGGCACAGGCAGGUAGAGGGGCCAAGGACAAGGCUGAAGUCAACCUGGUCCAGUACACCAAGGACCCCAUCCAGGCAUCCCUGCUCAGCUUCAGCAAUGAAGACAUAAACAGGAAGGCUGUGGCUGGGUUCAAGGCUCUGAUGCAGUUUAUGGGGGACCAGCCUAAGCCCCGCAGCAAGGAUGAGCUGGAUCUGCUGUACGAGCUGCUGACGCUCUGCAAAGAGGACCUCAGGGAUGAGAUGUACUGCCAGGUCAUCAAGCAAGUCACAGGACACCCCCAGCCAAAGCACUGCGUUCUGGGCUGGAGCAUCCUCAGCCUCUUUACAGGCUUCUUCGCACCAUCCACCACCCUGAUGCCAUACGUGACCAAGUUCCUGCAGGAUUCCAGCCCUAGCCAAGAGCUGGCCCGGAGCAGCCAGGAGAACCUCCAGCGCACAGUUAAAUAUGGGGGGCGCCAGAAGUUACCACCCCCGGGUGAAAUGCAAGCUUUUCUGAAAGGGCAAGCAGUUCGCUUGCUUCUAAUUCAUAUGCCUGGGGGUGUGGACUACAGGACAAAUGUAAAGACAUUCACGGUGGCGGGGGAAGUGCUGGAGGAGCUGUGUGGGCAGAUGGGCAUCACAGACACCCAGGAAGUGCAGGAAUUUGCCCUCUUCCUCAUCAAAGGCGAAGGUGACCUAGUCCGACCACUGUCACCCCAUGAGUACAUCAACAGUGUGGUGACGGACAAGGACGCGAGCCUGCACAGCCGGCGGCUUGGCUGGGAGACCCCGUUGCACUUCGACCACCCCACCUACACUGAAACCCACUAUGGCCAGGUGCUUCGGGACUACCUGCAAGGGAAGCUGAUGAUCAGUGCCCAGGCAGAUGCCCAAGUGGCCCGGCUGGCUGCCCUGCAACACCUCAGGAAAGCCAGCAGAAGUCUCCCGUCAGAGCAAGAGCUGCUGGUGUACAUCCCCAAGCCACUGCAACAGCAUGUCAACAUAGCCAGCAUAAAGAGUUUGGUGGGCCAGGAGCUGAGGCAGAUGCAAGGACAUAGCGCACAGCAAGCACAGAUUGAUUUUAUUGAGAGCACAAGCCAGCUGCCCCUCUUUGGCUACACUGUGUACGUGGUGCUGAGAGCGAGUAAGCUGGUCCUUCCUGGACCUAUCCUCCUGGGGCUCAACCGCCAGCAUCUUGUCCUCAUGGACUCCAGCUCUCAGAGACUCUGUUGCUCCAUCCCCCUAAGAGACCUGCAACGGCUGCACCUGCUCAGCCCGCUGGAGGAUGGCGGGGCCCCCGGCCUGGAGCUCAAUUACGGCUCUGCUGACAACCCCCAGACCAUCUGGUUGGAGCUGCCACAGGCCCAGGAGCUGAAGCACACCAUUGUCUUCCUGCUGGAGGACAGCAUGUCCUCUACUCAGUGGCCAGGCCUCUGCUGAGGAGACUGGAGAUAAGGCAUUGGCAUCUCACUGGGCGGCCUGCCUUGGAUGUCACGUGGUUUUUGCUUGUCUUUGCCGCCUGGCCCUGCUCUGAAACUUCCUGCAGCAUAACCCCAGGUGGAGGCCAU